GUCAAAACGUAGAGCAGCAGCAGUGGACGACUAGGACCUGAACUUUUGAACAUCUGUAGCCUAUAUUUGACAGGACUACUCAGACGUUAUUUCUGGUAUGGAUGGCAUGGUGAUGGAGGAGGAGGAUGAUUGCCCAGAGCUGGUGCCCAUCGACACCCAGCCCGGUCCUUCUGCAGACCAGAUACCCGUCACCAUCAUCACCGGCUACCUCGGUUCUGGAAAGACAACCCUCCUGAACUAUAUCUUAACAGAACAACACAACAAACGGAUUGCGGUCAUUCUCAAUGAAUUUGGAGAAGGCAGCGCCCUUGAGAAGUCGCUCGCAGUGAGCCAGGAUGGAGAGCUGUAUGAGGAGUGGCUGGAGCUAAGAAAUGGCUGCCUUUGCUGCUCUGUCAAGGACAAUGGUUUAAAAGCCAUAGAGAACCUGAUGGAGAAGAAAGGAAAGUUUGACUACAUCUUAUUAGAAACUACAGGACUUGCUGAUCCAGGAGCUGUGGCCUCCAUGUUCUGGGUGGAUGCAGAGCUUGGCAGUGACAUCUAUCUGGAUGGCAUCAUCACUGUCAUCGAUGCCAAGUUUGGUCUUAAGCAACUAACAGAGGAAAAAGCUAAUGGACUGGUCAAUGAGGCAGCCAGGCAGAUCGCCCUCGCUGACCUGACUGUUAUUAAUAAGGUGGACCUGGUGAAUGAAGAGGAACUCGCAGAAAUCAGAGAUGCUGUCAGGUCUAUAAAUGGCCUUGUCAAGAUUUUAGAGACACAGAGAUCAAGGGUUGAUCUCUCUAAAGUUCUGGAUCUACAUUCGUUCGACAGUAAUGAUGGAGCAAAUCUAGAAGAGAAGCUCAAGCUUGUGAAGUCUACCAGACCACAUCUGGACAAGACUAUUUUAACCGUGACGUUUGAAGUAGCUGGUGAUCUUUCUGAGGACGCUUUAAACUUCUUCAUCCAGGAUCUCCUAUGGGAAAAGAUGUUCAAAAACAAAGAAGGGCAACCCAUGACUGUCAUCAGGUUAAAGGGCAUAAUAUCAUUUGAAGGUAAAGCCCACCAAGUGAUGCUGCAGGGGGUCCACGAGCUGUAUGAGCUGAAUGACACUCCACAGCUUUGGGAGGAGAACUCGCGGAUCAGCCGACUGGUCUUUAUAGGUAGGAACCUGGACAAGGACAUUCUGCAGGAAAAGUUCAUCUCAGCUGUAGUGCAAGGAGCAAAGAGAAGUUAGAAGUGUUGCACUCGUCUUCAAAAGCUAAAACUGUUGAUUCUGGAGAACAUUUCGGGGCUGUUCACUCCAGUUCCUUUUCAAGAAAAGGAAGAGGUACGUCCGAGGAUGGCUAAGGUUACUGUAAAGUAGUGAUCAAUACAGUAGUUUUAAAUUGUGAUAAAUUAUCACAACCUAUUUUAAAAGUAUAUCAAAGUCAGAGUGUUUAUGUUGCUCUAGAGUUAAAUGGUGUGUGAUGUGCUUCUCAACAUGACCUCUAAGAUGCUAAAAAGAUCCAUACAUUUAAUCAUUACAUUGUACCUUUUUAAAAAGAUGGCUUUUGUAAAAUCUGCCAUUUUUAAAGGUCAGAGCCCCUCCUAGUUUUGGAAGUUGCAAAGUGACAUACAAGUCAAGCUGUGAUCACAGACUGUAAUUUGCUAAAUGAAAUGGCCUCACUUAUGUUUCUGGCUUCAAACAUUCUGCAUUUUUAUUUAUGAACAAUAAAGUUUUUCUG